CCGGAAGUAUCUGCUACGUGACUGCUGUUGUUGACAUUACGCACUCGUGUCUCUCACAGGCUGUAAUAUUUCAUAGACGUUGUUGCUGUAAAUUCAAAAGCUGCUUAAUAAUUGUGUCAUAUCGUCACAUUAACGUGGUCUUAAUUCGCCGCAGUGCUGCCCGUUUAUUGGCCGUCGAUAACUGUGCUGCUUGGCUAGCUCCGGAGGCUAACAUUUUAUGGAGGAAGUUAGCUAAUCAGUAAGCUAUGGAGAGCAAAUUUAAGCCCAGCUAAUAGAAUUAAAUAGUUCACUUUGCAGACACGAUUUUAUCGCCGCCAGCUACCUGAGAGAACACUGAGAACAAGAUGUCUGUAGAGCUGGAUGUGUUCGUGGGUAACACCACCAUCAUGGAUGAGGAGGUUUACCAGCUGUGGUUGGACGGAUACACAGUGAACGAUGCAGUGAAGGUACGCAUGGAGGGAGGAGUGAUGGACGAGUGUGAGGCAAGUAAAGAUGUCCUGCUGAGUGACACCAUGGACCAGUACAGGACUUUCCAGAUGUGUGAGCGCCUGCUGCACAGUCCGGCCAAACUAGCCAACCAGCUGCUGUUCCAGAUCCCUCCUCAUCGGCAAAUCAUGCUCAUAGAGAGAUACUAUGCCUUUGAUGAUACAUUUGUUCGUGAGGUCCUGGGAAAGAAGCUCUCCAAGGGAACAAAGAAAGACUUGGACGACAUCAGUGCCAAGACAAGUGUGACACUAAAAAGCUGCAGACGACAGUUCGACAACUUCAAACGUGUUUUCAAAGUUGUCGAAGAGCUGAAGGGACCCCUGGUGGAGAACAUACGUCAGCAUUUUCUUCUGUCUGACAAACUUGCAAGGGAUUACGCUGCCAUCGUUUUCUUUGCCAACAAUCGGUUUGAGACGGGAAAAAGAAAGCUGCAAUACCUCAGUUUCCAGGAUUUUGCUUUCUGUGCCGGUCAGCUUAUCAGCAACUGGACAGUUGGGGCUGUUGACAACAUGGUGGAAGACAUGGAUGUCGAUCUUGACAAAGAGUUUUUGCAAGAACUGAAAGAGCUGAAGAUUUUAAUCACUGACAAAGAUCUGCUCGAUCAACACAAAAGUUUGGUCUGCACAGCCCUGAGAGGAAAGACGAAAGUUUUCAUUGAGAUGGAGGGUAGUUUCAAGAAUCUUUCCAGAGGCCUCAUCAACAUAGCUGCAAAGCUGACCAACACAAAAGAUGUCAGAGAUUUCUUUAUUGAUCUUGUAGAGAAGUUUAUUGAGCCGUGCCGUUCAGACCGGUGGUCAGCUGCGGACAUGAAACUCUACCUCACUCAUUACACCAACUCUGCACACAUACUCGACACAUUCAAACAUCAAGUUGUGUGGGACAGAUACAUGGGCGUCGUCAAAAGCUGCAUCUUCAAAAUGUAUCACGACUGAAGAGUUCUCCUAGCGGUUCACGUCUCCUUUCAGUUUGCUAUGGCGUUACUUCGCUCCUUCGGAUGUGCUUUCUCUGCUUCUUCCGUCAUCGCUGUAUGUUUGUCUGCCUGCUUUGCUCCUAGCGUCCCCCAACGUUGUCUGUAAAUUUGGUUUGUAAAUAAAAUUAAGAUUUUACAUUAAAAA